AUGUCCGAACAUUUGGAGUCAAUGGACAUUGACGAUCACCGCCUGGGAGACCGCUCCCCGAAGGUAUCCGCUGGCGGAGAAAAGAACCCCAUGCUAGACAUCGUACGACUCAUACGCCCUAUGCCUCGCUCAUUCAAAGAAACUACUGCAUCUGAGGCACCUAAAGUACCUGAAGUAAAGCCCCAGCGCAGACAACGGAAGUAUGGAUCCCCUGUCGUCCGUCUAAAUGGAACUCUGCACCACGCGCGCUUCAAUGGCUCAGUGGGCAGUCUCGACGUCGAGUGGUCCGAGCGAUCGUGGCGUUCGAAAGUUAACAAGGCGGAUAUGCUUUAUCUCCUAGACCAUGCUGGAGAGGACAUCAGCAUAGUCAAGACGUGGAAUUCAGAUGCUAUAUGCCAGUAUAUGGUUGCAGUGCGGAAGGAUCGGGAUGAUAGGCGGCAGAAUGGAACAGACGGGAAAGUGCAUGCAUUGACACUUCUCGCGAGUAUGGCCACUACCUGGGCAGCUACGGAAGUUGAUGCUGUCGGCGCCGAUGCAGAUGAGAACGAUGGAGACGAAGAAGGAGUUGAUGCAGGUAUCAUUGCAGUCGACCAGCUUGAUACCGAUGCAGAAGGCGACUCUGACGAUGACAUGACCGGUUCCUCUAUCGAGGCGUACUUUACAGUUGACAACGGAAAACCAACGAUUGGCGAGGAAGAGGAAGUUUUCGACGGAGACGGGCUCACUCUCAUUGAAGACGAAGUGCUUUCGCCCACCGUCGAGACGCCUAUCAUUUCCGAAGUCACCGUCGAGGCCGACUCCCAACCCAAGGCCUCUAGCAAGCCUCAUUUUCGGCGAACCAUGACCCUCAGCCGCGCCCGCGAGUCCCUCCUCGCCAUCCAACAACAAGCCUACAACGACGCCCGAAACUCUUUGUUCAAAGACUACGAUAGCUACGUUAUGGCCCACGUUUUCGCGCCUGUCCGCAACACCACUCUCAUACACGAUCACAACGGUAGUGUUGUGUUUUCACAUCAUACUCAAAUGCUGGUGCGCGAUGUUAUACAGGCUCGCGACACUGCGCGGAUAUGGCGCGAUAGAUUGCACAUGGAACAAGGCAAUCAGGUUGCCAAUUUGCAUAGUGUGAAGGCUGGGCGUGAGGAGCUUUGUGAGCGGCUCAUCGCGGUCUUGACUGAUUGGCUUGAGGUUGAGGAUGUAGAUGCUAAGGAACAGGCCAAGAACAUGGUUGAGGAGCUCUUGGAUAUGUAA